UUAGAGGAUCCUCUAAUACAUGGAGGAGGAGAAUACCACCACCGUGGCCUCACCGGACGGGAAGCCGGCGUCAAAGGGUGGCCAGAACGGGUUGAGAUGGAACCCAACAAAAGAGCAAAUUAACUUGCUUGAGAGGUUUUACAAUGAAGGGAUAAGGACCCCAACAGCAGAGCAGAUACAAGAGAUCACAGGCAUGCUUAGGGCUUUUGGUCAUAUAGAGGGGAAGAAUGUGUUUUACUGGUUUCAGAACCACAAGGCCAGGCAACGCCAGAAACUCAAGCAUCAACAUAACUUGGCCCCUCUCUUUAUCCCUUCCACUAAUUACCAACUCCAUUAUCCUCUUUACCCCUUCCCGCCGCCUUCUCCAAACGUUACCUACCCACCGUACUACAUGCCGCCGCCGCCACAAGGGGGUGUUGGGAUUUACCCAAAAAACACCGAGUUAUUUAUUCCUUCCUGGCAAACAAUGGGGUAUAAUAGGAAAUUGCCAAGUAUGGGUAUGAUAGGUUGUGGAGAUGAAGAUGUGGAAAGAAAACGAGGAAACGCGAAACCAUGCAGGCCAGAAACGUUGAAUUUGUUCCCUUUGUGUCCUACUGGGGUUUUACAUGAAGAAUGUAACAGGAAGAAUGUGGAUGCAGGCUUUAAUACAGCCACUCCGUCCUGGUCUGGAGAUGAUGAUAAUGAUAACGAGCGCUUCACAUUCUUUGAUUUUUUUUGUGGGAAUGGUUGUUAUGGAAGUCAUGACUGAUUGUGACAGUGUUAUUUGCUGACAAUGUUUGACUGAUAGUUGACUCUCAUGCUACCUUUAAACCAGGUUGUGCAUGUAUCAAAUUCUAUACAUUAUAUUAAAUUAAUAGAUAAAAGUGUUUUUUAGGGUUGAGAAAAUAAACUAGUUUUGGUGACCAUUACAGUUCUUCUGGUGUUUUCUUGAUUGCCGAUUCACUUUUAUUUUUGUGAAGUUAAUGUAAGUAGUACUAUAC